CUGUCAUGGAGAGCAAUGGACUCGUCGCAAGAGAGGACCUGAGAAACACAUCCUCAAAGACGUCAGCGGCAUCAUGAGACCAGGGAUGAACGCCAUCAUGGGGCCAACAGGAAGUGGAAAAACAUCUCUCCUGGAUGUGAUAGCAGGUCGUAAGGACCCAGCAGGGUUGAAGUUUGGUCAGGUUCUGAUCGAUGGGAAGAUGGUGACCUCUGACCUCCGACUCAUAUCUGCCUACGUGGUGCAGGAUGAUAUAUUGAUGGGAACCCUGUCAGUGAGAGAGAACUUGUUGUUCAGUGUGAACCUGAGACUAGACCCUCGACAUUAUUCUACAGCUGACAAACAGCAGAGAGUGGACAGCAUCAUAGAGGACCUGGGUCUACAGGACUGUGCCCACACCAAGAUAGGAACAGAGUUCCUGCGUGGUGUGUCUGGGGAGAGAGGGAAGAGGUGCAGCAUUGGUAUGGAGCUCAUUACUUCUCCUCGUCUUCUGUUCCUGGAUGAACCCACCACUGGUCUGGGACUUAAUACUGCUAACCACAUCAUCAACCUACUGCACAGCCGGUUUGACCACCUGACCCUGAUGCACCGAGGAGAGUUGGUGUACGUUUGGAGCUGCUGGGAAGGCCCUGAGCUACUUCACUGA